CACUUCGCAAUUAGUGUAAUGAAGUUAUUAAAGUAAUUAUGACAGUCGGCGGCUCGAAUUCGCCAUUUUGGUACCAUCGGUGUCGAAAACCCUGGGUAAAAUUUCAGGUCGGUAUUAAUUUGUUUUUAAGUUGCAUUGGCAAAUAGGUACCUACCCAUUUGUGCAAUAAUUACUCUCCAUUACUCAAUGUUUCCACUUCUUUCGGCCGAUAGGAGUACUCAUAGAGCACACGUACUUUCUCCUCAUUUUGCACAGAACGUGGUGACACUUCUAACACCAACUACCCGGCUCAAAAUGUGUGCUCCAAUUAAGAUCCUUGUGUUGCUCAGUUUAGUUUCAUAUAGUGUAUGUACUGUGAAAAUAGUCAAGGAUUUAGUGCAAUUUAACGUGGUUGGUCAUCCCGUUCUUCACAAAGAAACAGAAUGGGAUUUUGAUCCAGACGUUGCCAUAAGACGGUCCAGACAGUACCAGGAGCUCAAUGGUAGAUAUGGGGCCAAAGCUAUCGAGCGACUGGGACUGGGAAUAGAUGGGUAUGACAGGGAACGACUAGCCCAACAAAGACUGAGAGAUGAAGGCCAUUUGAACGGCUUAACGGAAUAAAACUGUUAUUUAUUUUUAGUAUGUUACAAAAUAAAGUUGUUGAAAAAAUAAUAUUUAAAUAAAUUAUACAAUAACAA